AUGGUUGACGUCCGGUCUAAGAACCUCUACGAGCUCCUCGGUAAUGACCCCGAGCUCGACCCCAGCAGACCUGCUCCUCCCCCCGCCCGGGCCGUCGACCGUCCCGCUCCCCGCGUUGGCAAGCGUGAUGCCCCCAAGGAGGCUCCCGCCGCCCCUGCUGCCGCUCCUCGCUCCGAGAACCGCCGUGGAGGCCGUGUGACCGCUGGCAACGAAGCUGCCUUCCGCGACCGCAACGCUGGCCGCAACAACAACCGCUCCAAGCCCACCGAGGAGGCCGAGGGACAGACCUCUCGCCCCCGUGGCAACCGCCCUCCCCGCGGUGACCGCCAGUCCCGCACUGGUCAGACCGACACUCGCAAGCAGGUCCAGCAGGGCUGGGGUGGCGAAUCCGGUGAGAAGACCUGGGACGAUGAGCGUGUUGGCGAGACCAUCGCCAAGGAUGACGAGAAGGAGCCCCAGACCCCCGCCGAGGAGGUCGAGGAGGCCGACAAGUCCAAGUCUUACGACGACUACCUCGCCGAGAAGGCCGCCCGUGACAGCCUGGCUGCUAAGCCUGUCCGUGCCGCCAACGAGGGCACCAAGGCCGACAAGAAGUGGGCCGCUGCCACCGAGCUGAAGCGCGAAGAGGGUGAGGCCGCCUACAUUGCCCCCACCGCCGAGAAGAAGCAGCGUGAGAAGCAGCGCAAGGAGAAGAACUUCCUUGACGUCGACAUGCGCUUCGUUGAGCAGCCCCGCUCCGGCCCCUCCAACGGUCCCCGUGGUGACCGUCCCGCUCGUGGUGGUGCCCGUGGUGGCGACCGCGCUCCCCGUGGUGACCGCCCCGCUCGCGGUGGUCCCCGUGGUGGUGCCCCCCGUGGUGCUGCCUCUGGUGCUCCUCGCGGCGGCGCUGCUGCUGCUCCCCGUGGUGCCCGUGGCGGUGCCAAGGCCCCCGCCGGCCCUACCGUCGACGAGAAGAACUUCCCCAGCCUGGGCGGCAACUAA